AUGUAGUAAGAAUCAUAUUCUUAAGACGCAAAUAUAUCCCCAAACAAUUAUCAAUUAAGCACCCCUACCAAAGAAAAGAAGCAAAAUAAAACCAAUCAAUCAACCACAAUACAAUCUCCUAAUAAUAAUGAUUUUUAUUCUCCAAAAAAUGUCAACCCUUGGAAAACUCCAAAGUCCUUAUUAAAGAGCAAUCAGAAACAAACUACUCCUGAUCAUUCCUAAUAGGCAUCUCCCUAUGGCGAUCGCUAUAUUCCACUUAACGUCUCUAGAAAUCUAUUCAAUAAACAAAUACAACCCUUUGAGAUUGAAGAAGAGAAUGCCUACGAGGAACUCUUGAGUGAAAAUGUAUUAGAAAUAGAUGAGAACAAACAUUCAAGCAUUUUGAAUUUUAACAAACAAAAACCUGAGAAAUUAUAGACUAAUAAAUAGUUAGAAAAUCCAAAAAGAAAAAUUGAUACCUUGCCAAUCAAAGUACUUGAUGCCCCAGGCUUGGAUGAUGAUUUCUAUUAAGACAUCUUGCAUUGGGGCAAGAACAACCUCAUUGCCAUAGGAUUAUAGAGGAGUGUCUAUUUAUACAGUGUAGACACUUCUAAAGUUUUUUAACUAACACAACGAUUCAACAAUUAAGUUAAUCAAAUACAAUACACUUCCUUGUAAUGGAAUGCAAAUGGGCAGAUCCUAGCCAUGGGAAGCUAUGAUGGGCAAUUAAAACUGUGGGAUUACAAUAAAAAUGCCUAUACAGGAACCAUGAAUAUGUCUUCGAAAAGAAUCAGUACUAUAAGUUGGGCCAACUCUAAUAUAUUUGCCUAUGGUAGCAAAGAUAAAACUAUCCAUAUAUGUGACAUCAGAGUACCCACAUACUCGGUGUUUUAAUUACAUGGACAUACCUAAGAGGUUUGUGGGGUCACUUUUGAUGGAAAUGAACUAUAACUGGCUUCAGGAGGCAAUGAUAAUAGGGUUUUCAUUUGGUAGUUAAGGGGAGGGAAUACAUAUGCGGAUAGUCAAUAUGUCUCAUGGGAAAUUAAAUCGCAUAAGGCAGCCAUCAGGGCUUUGGCUUGGAACCCUAAUUCAAGUGGAAUUCUAGCAACAGGAGGGGGAAAUCAAGAUAAAACUAUUAAAAUUCAUAGUUCGUUAACCAAUACGGAAAUCAAUAGUGUUAAUUGUGAUUCUCAGGUUUGCAAAUUAAGAUUCUCUAAAAUUAUCAAUGAAUUGGUUUCAACACAUGGUUACGAAAAAAACUAAAUAUGUUUAUGGCAAUAUCCAACAAUGAAAAAAAUCCAUUAGCUAGAAGGACAUUCUGAAAGAGUGUUAUAUUUAUCGGCAAGUCCUGACGAAUCUACUAUAUUGACAGGGUCUGGAGAUGAAACAUUAAAAUUCUGGAAAAUUUUCCCAUCUUAAAUUUCCAAUAAUAUGUCUUCACUUCUUACAAUGUGUGAAAUUAGAUGA